AUGGCCCCCGCCAACAAGAGGAAGCAGUCAACCAAGACCCAGUUUUGGGUCACUGAAGAAUACCGUGAGGAUCCCUCCAAAGGCCCCAUGCUCCGAUUCGAGGACUCUCUCCCUCGACUACCUGUGCCUGCGCUCGAGGAGACCUCCGCCCGCUACCUGAAGAGCAUCCAUCCUCUCCUGACCAAAGAGGAGUUUGCCAGAUCCCAAAAAGCUGUUGCCGAGUUCAACAAGCCAGGAAGUCUUGGCUCAAAACUUCAGGAGCGCUUAAUAAACAAGGCUCAAGAUCCCAAGGUCAAGAAUUGGAUAGCAGACUGGUGGAACGAGGCUGCUUAUCUGGCAUACCGCGACCCCGUUGUGCCUUAUGUCUCUUACUUCUAUUCCUUCCGCGAUGAUCGACACAGACGGAAUCCCGCAAAACGCGCAGCGGCAAUAACUACAGCCGCCCUCGAGUUCAAGCGCCAGGUCGAUACCGGCUCUCUGGAGCCUGAGUACAUGCGAAAGAAGCCUAUGGCCAUGAGCAGCUACGAGUACAUGUUCAAUACCUCUCGUGUAGCUGCCCUCCCCUCAGACUACCCCAUCCAAUAUCCCGCUGAAGGCAAUGAGCAUAUCAUUGUCAUGCGAAACAAUCAGUUCUUCAAAGUCCAAACACAUGUCGCAGGACAGCGGCUGAACACCUCCGAGCUCGAACAACAAUUCAACAAAAUCUAUAAAAGUGCGGCGACUACCACCCCCAUCGGCGCCCUUACUUCCUUCCCUCGCGACCAAGGCGCGAAAGCCCGUGAAAAUCUGCUCGCCGCCUCCCCACUCAACGCUGCAACACUCAAAGAAAUCGAAGCCUCCUCCUUCAUCGUAGCACUGGACUCUGCUAGUCCAGUCACUCUCGAAGAACGAGCGCAUGCCUAUUGGCACGGCGAUGGUGCCAAUAGAUGGUAUGAUAAGCCUCUCCAAUUCAUCAUCAACGACAACGGCACUGCAGGGUUCAUGGGCGAACACAGCAUGAUGGACGGCACUCCCACCCACCGACUAUGCGAUACUGUGAACGCUUUGAUCGUCCACAACAAACUAGACUUCAACAAUCCUUCCAUCCGCUCCGAUCUUCCCGAUCCAGUUGCCUUGAACUUUGAAACUUCUGCAGCGGUUCUUGAAGAUGUAGCAACUGCCCAAGCUCAAUUCCGUCAAGUCAUUGCUUCUCACGAUCUCCGAGUUCAAGCUUAUCAAGGCUAUGGCAAGGGUCUGAUCAAGAAAUUCAAAUGCUCCCCUGACGCGUAUGUCCAGAUGAUUAUCCAAUUGGCAUACCACAAGAUGUACGGCAAGAACCGUCCCACCUAUGAGUCUGCUGCAACAAGAAAAUAUCAGCUUGGCCGAACCGAGACAACAAGAACCGUCUCCGACGAUUCAGUUGCCUUCUGUGAUGCUAUGGCAGAUCCUUCUGUCUCUCGCGAAGAAGCUGAGCGGCUCUUCCGCGAAGCAGUCAAAGCUCAUGUACAAUAUACUGCCGAUGCAAGUGACGGAUAUGGUGUGGACAGGCACCUUUUCGGUUUGAAGAAGCUGGUCCAAGAGGGCGAGGAACUACCGGAGAUCUUUAAAGACCCAGCAUUUGCCUACUCUAGCUCUUGGUAUAUCUCAUCAAGCCAAUUGAGCUCCGAGUACUUCAACGGUUAUGGCUGGAGCCAAGUCAUUGACCAAGGAUGGGGUAUUGCAUAUAUGAUUAACGAAAACAGUCUACAGUUCAACGUUGUCUCAAAAAAACUCGGUUGUGAUCGCAUGAGCUUCUACCUUAAUGAAGCCGCAAAUGAUAUCCGAGAGUUGCUGACGCCAUCACUUGAGCCACCCAAGGCUAAACUAUAA